GGCCACUAGGGGGCGGGCAGGGGCCGGAGCCGGGGCGGGCCGUGCGCGCGGGGCGGGACGCGGCGACGCCAGCGCCUGCGGGUCCCGUGACCGACCGCCCCGCCCGUGUCCGCCGCGGCCAUGCAGACCCCGGCGGUGCUCGUCACCUCCAGGCGAGUUCAGAAUGUGCACACGGGCCUCGACCUGACUGUGCCCCAGCACCAGGAGGUGCGGGGCAAGAUGAUGUCGGGCCACGUGGAGUACCAGAUCCUGGUGGUCACCCGGCUGGCUGCGUUCAAGUCAGCCAAACACAGGCCCGAGGAUGUCGUCCAGUUCUUGGUCUCCAAGAAGUACAGCGAGAUUGAGGAGUUCUACCAGAAACUGAGCAGUUGUUACCCGGCGGCCAGCCUUCCCCCGAUCCCCAGGAAGGUCCUGUUUGUUGGGGAGUCCGACAUCCGGGAAAGGAGAGCUGUGUUCGACGAGAUCCUGCGCUGCAUCUCGAAGGAUGCUGAGUUGGCGGGCAGCCCAGAGCUGCUAGAAUUCCUAGGUACCAGAUCCGCGGGGGCUGCAGACCUCAGCAGCAGAGAAGUCUCUGUCCUGGAUGCGCACAGCCAGGCAGGGGACGGCGGGGAGGCUUUCGACUUCUUCGAGCAUCAGGACCGAACAGAGGGUGAGGGUCUGCCCCUCCCAGGCCUGAAGGGCGAGGAUGCAGAGAGGUCCUCAGAGGAGGAGGAGGCACUGGACCCUCUGGGCAUCAUGCGCUCCAAGAAGCCUAAGAAGCACCCAGAAGUGGCUGUGAAGCCCAGACCCUCACCCCGGCUCACCCUCUUUGAUGAGGAGGUGGACCCGGAUGAGGGGCUCUUUGGCCCAGGCAGGAAGCUCUCCCCGAACUUCGCAGAAGACGUGCCCCCCAAGGACCCCUUGAAGUUGUUUGAUGAUCCUGACCUCGGCGGGGCUGUCUCCCUGGGUGACCCCUUACUACUGCCAGCCGCCAGCUGUGAGAGUGGAGGGCUCUCAUCCCGCCCGGGCCACAAGGAGGCCGACGAGGAACUGUUCAGGGUAGAAGAGGACUUGGACCAGAUCCUGAACCUGGGGGCUGAGCCCAAACCCCAGCCCCAGCCUAAGCCCAAGCCUCCAGUGGCAGCCAAGCCAUCGGUACCCAGAAAGCCAGCUGUUCCCCCCAGAGCAGGCCCAUCUGAGGCUGAGGCCGGGCAGUGGAAGCCGCAGAAGCAGAUCCAAGCCAUGAACGAGACGGACAUCUUGCAGUACAUCCAGGAUCACGACACGCCUGCCCAGGCCACCCCCAGCCUUUUCUGACCCUCCCAACCCCGUGCUGGCCCUGAGCUGGCAGGCCCUUUCCUUGGAGGGGUAUUGGUGAGGUGGGGGCUUUGCCCUGUGGGACCAGGACCUCUGUUCUCAGGGGGGGGAGGGUGCCAGACCAGGUCAUAGGGCCCCUGUACUGCCGUGUCCCUUUUCUCCUGCCGGUGGAGUCAUGCAGCUCUGCAGGGGUCAGAGAGUGCGGUCAUCACAGGACUUGGAGCCCAGAUCGUCCAGCCGCGUGGUCGUGGAGAGGAGAGCAUGUGGGGAGCCUUGCUAACCAGGAGCCCGGCCCCCAGGAUGGAGGGAGACCAGGGGUGCCCAGGGAGGUUCCAGCCAGGGCAGGAAAACCGUGCCCCCUGGCUCUGCCAGCCCAGCAUAGGAGGGACAGUCUGGCUGCCCCGGGGUGGAGGUGGGGGUCCAGUGUCUCUAAGCAGCAUGGCUUUGGGGGGCCUCCAGGCUCUGGGUGGGUCCUCCAGGAGAGGAAUGCUAAGUGGGUGCCUAGGAAAGUCCAGCCGGGCGGGGUGUCCCUGAGCUGCCUCUGGUUAGCAGGUGCUAAGUGGGGUACUUCCCUGGGUGCCCAGCUUGAGGGGGAUGUCAGGCCCAGCCCUGCCUCUUUGGGGUAUGGAUGGCCUGACAAAGCCCCAGUCUUCCUCAUCCUUUUCCCAGGGAAGGCCUGAGGCCUGACCAGACCAUGGCCUGCUUGGGCCUGCUUGGGCCAGUGUCUGCCACUGCAGCUCUGAACAAGGUCAUGGCCCCCUGGGAGCUCUGCUCUGGCCCAUAGCCUGGGGUGACCCCCUGCUCACGGCCUUGGCAGGAGGCUUCUGGCUGCUGCUUCGAGGGCCCCGUCUGUCCCGUGGCCGAUGCUGCCAGGCCCUCCGUGUCUUCCAGGUCUGGACUUUCCCACCAGCCUUUCACCCGUGGAAGCUGCCUUGCCAUGGAGGAGCCCUGUGCCAGGGCAGGACCAGUGCCUUAGACUCCUCCUGGAACCCCUGUGCCCUGGCACAUGGGUCUACUAGGCUUGGCGCAGCCCUCAAGAAAUCCUCAGUGAAUGAAUGAUGCUUAAUGGAGCAAACAAUAUGUCUUUUUUUAAUAUGUUCUUCAUGUUCAGAACUAGUUUUUAAUGAAAUAUAAGUUCUUAAUGAAAUGCAGUCACUGUUGUCCCUUGGCUUGUCCUGCCUGUCAGAGACAUUUAGGACUAGGACCCCAGACCCAUUUGUGAUUGGGGUCAACAGCCACCCCUGAUGGUGGUGCCCCCGCCCAGGCUAGAGCCUCUCGCACCCUGCUCCUGUCCUGUGCCAGGGCGUACAUGGCAGGUGCGGAGCCCCCGUCUGCUCUGUUCUGCGUCUCAUGCACCCUUGUCAGCUGUCCAGUCAGGGCCAGAGUGGGAGGAAAUAGGCUGCUCUGGGGUCUGCGAGCUGAAUUUCUCCUCUUCCUCUGCCUUCCCUGCGCUCCAAGGGCCCCAUCUGUCCAGGGCCCUGAGCUGCUCUGGGGCUCCCAGCGCUUCCUUUCCCUGUAGGCCUUCCCUCCACCGCCCACAACCACACAUAUACACUCACCCAGGAAGGCCUCGGGGGAAGGAGGAGUGAGGCAAUGGCUGCCUGCCUGUACUCGGUGCCCCAUGCAGGCCCUAUCUGUCCCCCACAGGUUCCCCAUGUCCCUCUGACACAGGAGCAGAGGGCACAGCCGGCAGGUGCCCGGGGCCCAUGGGGGGGUCACAGCUGGAACCAGCAUGUUUGGUGUGAGUUCACCCACUGUUUGUGCAGCUCAUUGCUGGCCUGUGACCUGUUAGCGAACUAAAGACACCCAGUCGUCCAGUAAAGUCCCUGUCAGGGACUCCUUGCAGCGUUUGAUACUGGCUUUCUCUUCUGUGCCUGGUCUGGUGGAGGCUGACUGGGGUCGGGGGUGGGGAUUGCCUUUUAUACAGCGGGCUCAUCAACCGGAGCUGCCCUUGAAGGACCCUGGGGCCUCCCAGGGCUCCACCUGGCCUCCCAGGCUGCUGAUUGGAGAGUGGGGUGAGGGCAAAGGAAGGAUUCCCCUGUGUAAACCGAGGCAGACUGGCCAGAGGCCCAGGCCCAGUGGGGGUUAUCAGGUCAGUAACUGCUCGGCCACAGCCUGUUUGGAAAGAGGACCAUCCUUCCCUGGUCCUGCCAUCUCCCGAGAGUGGGGGCAGCCUAGACCAGUCCUGAGGCCCUUCCAGCUCUGAUAUCAGGCAGCCCUGCCAUAUAAACCUGUCCGUCCUGUCCUGGAUAAGCCCUGGCCCCACACAGGUCAGAGCUCAGAGGCUGAGAUGUGGCUUCAUACCUGGAGCCGAGUGGUCUCUGGGAGCCGGGGAGGCCCCGUGCAGGGGCAGUCGGAGCUGACCCUGGCCCCCUCCACCACUUGACUUUGGGUCUUAUAGUUAAGCUCAAAUUCGGUCUCAAUUUACAAGAGCAAACUGCUGGUCUGCUGAGAAGACCCCUCGGCUAGGAGCCACAGCUGAGAGUUCACCAUGGAGAGAAAAGUGAGGCUUAAUUUGGGGCCACAGCAGUUAGUUGUUUUGAGGCUGUCGUGAGCCCUGUGAACAAGGUGUGCCGGCUGUGGCAGGGGUCCUGCCCCCUUCGGCACUGUCCCUUCCAGGAGGCCGGAACUCCAGCCACUUCUGGGAAGUCCCGAUCCUGGUUCCUGGCCUGGCCGGGCUGUGCUGUGGGCUCACUGAAGAGCACCCACCUUUCUGAGCUCUGGUGCCUUGGGACCAUAUCUGUGCAAAGCCUCUGGAGCUCACGUCCAUAUGCUCUGGAGGCUGCCCCGAGGUACACGCCCUCCCACCGGAUGCAACUGAGACAGCCAAAGUCCAGCCACUCCUCAGGGCCUGUGGCGCUCAUGCCCAGCUGCCGCCUUGCCACUGUGUCGAUACACUCUGCGGAGAUUUAGCACCCAGCAGUUUGUCUGCACCCCUGCGGUCUCCAGGGAGACCUGGAGUGGAAAGUCAUGCUCUGCUCUCCAGCUCACCAGCUACCCAACUGAGCAUAUCCUGGGGAGGGAGCGGGGCACCAGGGCUACUGCCCCUGGAUGGUGGCCCUGGCUGGAUGGCAGGCACCUCCCGGUGCUGCUGGGUUUUCUUGUGGGUUCAUGGCCACCCAUAGCAGGCAUGGUCCACACUCAGAGCCCCUUUAAGUGGCUGACCUUUCAGUGACAGGGUUCGGGCAGUGCUAUUCAGUGCAAACUGAGCAUGGAAACCGUUCCCGGCUGGGCACUUGAGGCCUCGGGGUUGGGGACAGCUGAUCAAGGGGCCAUGGGAGAAUCAGCUGCCAGGCUCUAUGGACACAAAAGCAUCUAGGUUCCAGUCCAGCUCGGCUGUGUGAUGUGCCCUCCCUGCGGUGCCAAGCGAAGAGACUUCCCUGGGCUCCUGUACCAUCCCUUCCGUGCCCGAAGGAGUUUCCAUGGGCUGAUCACUCUAUUCAUCACCAAGGAACCCCUGCCCAGAACAGGCUGAGUGUUGAUGGGAAGUGACAAUGUGUUGGGUGGGGUGUCAAAAGACACUGCCAACUUGAGCUCAGCGCUAGCCACCAGCCCUGGGCACUGGCCAUUGGUUUCCAGGCAUUGCGCUUUGUAUGACAUGGUGAAUAGGACCCAGGUGUACAACAUGGUGAAUAUGAUCUGGAAUACAAAUGCGAAUCCUGCUUGUGGCUGACCGCUGGCUCUUGUUUUCCAUGGUGAGAGUCAAGGGAUUUCAUUUCUCAGGUCGCAGUCAAAACAAAGCUGCAGCUUCUGGAGCAGGGAUUAUGGCUCCAGUAAAUGGGAAUCCCUACUGACAACUUUCAGUGGCGCUGAUGCUUCUCUGCCAACUCAGCAAAUAGCAGCAGCCUCUAAAUAGCUCUUCUAGUAAAGCUGAGUUAGCUUCCUCCAAUCCAGCCGGCCAGUCACAUCAUCUCUCUUAACAGUAAGUGUUCAUCCAAAAACACUAAGCAUUUAAUGGCACCUGGGUGCAGGCACUGGGACAUGUCCACCCUGGGGAAUCAGGUGGAAUAAAGCAAAGGAAAGAAGGAAAAAUACAGGUCAGUCCUACUAAAGCUCCCCAUCACAUUGGGUGUCAGUCGCAGCUUGUGAAUAGAUGAGUCCAAGCUGUUGAGAGCAAGACAAGUGUGUGAACAGUACAGUGCAAAGCAGAGGGAGGUGAGGAUGACGUGGGAGGCACCACUCUGAUGCUCAGGGAACACAAAGUGAUCAGGCCAGCAUGGCCAGUGAGCAUUUCCUGAGCACCUGCUGGGUGCAGUACCUGUUCCAGGCACUACGGAGGAUGCAAAGAGGGAAAACCACAAGCCCCCAGCUUCAGUUCUGUUCCUGGGCCUCCUACCCAAACAGCAGGCACGACUAAAUGAGGCUCCUCCUCCCAUGCAGCCCUCUCUGCCCCUCAUCCUUCCCCUCCUGACACCUGCCUGCACACUCAGUGUGAUGCAUCCAACCCGAGCCCAGCUCUUGGUCACUUCGUUUCCUAGGGUGGCCAUAACAAAGCACCACUGACUGGGGGUCUGCACACACGAGGAAUUUAGUUUCUCCCAGGCCUGGAGGCCAGACGUCUGAAAUCAAGGUGUUGGCAGGGCCAUACUUUCUCUCUGAAGGCUGUAAGGAGGAUCCUUUCCUGCUUCCUCCAGCUCCUGGUGGUCGCUGGCAAUCCUUGGCGUCCCUGGCUUGUAUCUCCAUCACUCCAGUUGCUGCCUCUGUCUUUACAUGGCCUUUCCCCCGUAUCUCUGUCUUCACGUGGCCAUUUCUUCUGUGUUUCCUGUGUUUGUGUCAUAAUAUCCCUCUUGUAAGGACACCAGUCAUUGGAUUAGGACCCACCCAAAUCCAGCAUGACCUCAUUUUACCUUAAUUACAUCUGUAAAGACCCUAUUUCCAAAUAAGGUCCCGUCCACAGGUUCCAGGUGGACAUGAAUUUUGGAAGGGCAGUUCACCCAGUAUAGUCACUAGAGUCUAGUGCCUUCCAAGAGGCUGAGUUACUUGCUACCAGAAGUGAUGACUUCCACAUCGCCUGUAUCUGCUUCAGGGCCCAGCAAAGACCCUCUCUGAGGGCCUGUUGGGUGCCACCUGGUGGUAGCAAAUUAUUAUCAAAUAAAGGUUGGGAGACGCUGGAAUCAGCUCCACUGACAAUAGUCCCAGGACUUCAUAUAUCACUUGUGAGCAAUAGUGGGAACCAGGCAUACUGAGAACGGGACGUGUGGCGCUCUGGGUGCUCGCCAUGUAACCCAGGUGUGGCCUGACCCUCCUGGGCCCUCAGGCCCUCUCGUCCCCAUGGCCGUGGUAGGCCCAGAAUGGGUCUGAAUUAUCUCCUGUUCCAAGCGGUUGGCUCUCAGGAGCACACUGCAGAAGGUAUGUCCAUCCGUCCUGCCCACUCCGUGGCCUGUGUCAUCCCCAUGGACUGUGUGGGUGUCCAGCAGCACCCUGCCAUCUCCGCCCUGUCCAAGGAAGGAAUGCAUCAGGGACGGAAGCGCUUUCGCUGGGCAUUUGCUAGGUGCCAGGGUUAGAGCUCUCUUUAUUAAGCAGUGAAACUUCAAAUCUUACCAAACAUGACUCUUUAGAACAACCUGUAACACACGACGGAGAGCCAGCAGUGCUCAGAGCUGUCGUGGCUGACCUUCCUGGGGGGUCGCUCAGCUCCGCAAAAGACCUUUCUUGGUGGGCCGCAGCCUCCAGCUCGGAGCCCUGGCUCGGAAACGGCCUGCUGGCUUUCCCAGGCGCGGCUGCCGGGGCCGCCCCCGAGCUGCCACCCCAUCAUCCACCCCCUGGGCCUCUGAGGCAGCUGGAAAAGGCUCUGACGAAACUGGCGAAAGGAACCGGCUUCCAGAGCACGAGAGCCGGGGGCUGACUCCCUGCUCUCCCAAGUUGGUUUUCUUCCUUUGGCGACAUUCUCUUGACCUCUGCACGUGUGUGUUUCUGUGUUUCCGUUUGGUUUAAGAGCCACCUUGCUGAUUUCCCCCCAGUAAGUGCUCUUGGUCCCAUAGGGCAAUUUUUUUAGAUUCGAAAGUUGAACAGCCCGACUUCUUGUCCACUUGUUUUUCUGACCAUCAGGAGCAGCAAGAAGUUCGGCCUGACGCACUGCCAGCCCAAGGAGCAUGUUUUACUGCUCAGAUGGUCUAGGUCCUGGUCUGGUUGUAUGGAUGGCCCUGGGAUUGGAACCCUGGCCUCACACAUGAUAAAACCCAUGGGCACGGAGAUGGGCAAUGCAGUAUCUCGGGGGAAGAGUUUAGCAGUGUUUUUUUAAAAGAUGCACAUAAAUUUACCACAUGACCCGGGAAUUCCACUCCUAGGAAGGGACCCAGAAAGAAAGGGAAACCUCCGAAGACUUGGACACAAAUGCUCAUGGCAGGUUUAUUCACCAUGGCCCAAGGUGCAAGCAGCCAGAAGCCCAACCGCUGGUGAGUGGAGACGUGGGCUAGCCGCACCACGGAGUAUUGUUCAGCAAUAAAAAAGAACGAAGUGCUCGUACAUGCUGCAACAUCAGCCUCAGAAACACGGGCCGAGCAAAAGAAGCAGGAUUCCUAAGACCACAUAUUGUUUGGUUCUAUAUAUAUGAAAUUUCAGAAGAGAGAAAUCUGCAGAGACAGUAGGUUAGGGGUUGUCUCAGGCUGGAGGUAGCAACAAAAGGACACUGCAAACAGACAUGAAGGAUCUUUUCUGGGUUGAUGGAAAUGUUCUAAAAUUAGUUCUCAUGUCUAUAAAUUUACUAAAAUCAUUUAUUUGAACUCUUACAUGUAUCUUAAGUUAUACCUCAGUAAAAGUGUUUAAAAAAUUAAUGACUAG